AACGUCUAUCGUCAAGGCAACAGUGUGACGUCUUUGUUUGUUUUUAUUUAAAUGCGUCCGCGACAUUCCAAAAUAGAAAACGCGCUCGCGCUGUUGUUUAUUGUUGUUGUUGUUGUUGUUGCUGUUGUUCCAUAACGGUUAACUGUAAGAGAAAGGAGAGAACGGACGCUCGAGAGAACAAACGUUUAUUCAACACAACAAUGGAUAAUACCGUUAACACACCUGCUUCUCCAGCUCCAGUGAGGUCCUGUAAAGAAGUAAGUUCCUCUUGCAGUUUCCAUCCUGAACUGGAGCCGCGUUUCACCGUCGCGCACGCGGAGUCUGUCACACCUGUCACACCUGUCACGCGCAGCGUCGAAGCGGCUACAGAGGGCGUGAGCUUCCCUCAGCUUCCCUCAGGAACAGAUGAUUUCCCCCCGCAAGCAAACUACAAAAAUAGAAAAGGCUACAUCAAGAAGCCCAUGAACGCCUACAUGGUUUGGGCGAGGAUACAGCGGUCUAUCUUGUGCAAGGCCAACCCGAAUGCCAGCUUUGCAGAGAUCAGCAUGCUGCUUGGGAAUGGGUGGAGGAACCUGAGUGAAGAACAGAAGAAACCCUACUACGCAGAGACAUGGAGGCUUAAACAGAAACACAGAAAGAAAUUUCCUGAUUGGGUUUAUAAUUCGGGGACGAGAAAGAGAUUCAGCCCAGAAGUGGCACCUCUGGACACUACCUCUAAUGCCUCACCAACCGUACCCCUGGCACAUCCUCAGAGAUCUGCGCCUCAGAACAUCCCUGUAGCACCACCCAGAAACUCCAGCUUGCAGUACUCAGCCAUGCAGACCAAUCCAAUGUUCUCUGGCAGUUUGCAGAGUACAACCUCACAGAGGAGGAGACCUGCUCAAGAGCCAAACCACCAUAUAGUCAUGGACAUGCCAAGAGAAGUACCACGCCAUGGCCUGGUGCCUGGAUCUAGUGGCCAGUUCCCUGGCCUUGCCCGCUCACAAGUACCAAUGUCUCCUGGAGGCGUCCUCGUUGCCCCAUCUUGUUUCCCUUUUGUUCCACCAUUCUACAUGCCUAGGCUGCCAUUCUGCCAGACCAGCAGCUUGCUUUGUUCUGACUGCACAUGCAGUACGGCUCAUCUCAUGGACCUGCACGGUGACUCUUUCCAGGACCACAAUGCCUUUUCUGCCUUAAACCAGGAUUAUGCCUUCUGUAGAGAGCCUGGGGCAGAAACACACAGCAACGACACCCAGGACAGCACAGACAUCCUGGACAUACAUGCCUUGGAGAAUUUGUUCAACAGCCUUCCUUAGAGAAGUGGAGGACAGUGGUGAAAUUCAAAUGCUUAGAGUGCUUUAGUGUACAUGCUGUCAUGCUCAUCUUCAGUUCAUAUUUAUUUCUAAUGAGUUUUAGUGUUCAUUUAAAUAAAGGUUUUUAAAGCCAACGUCCUAAUGUGUGAUUAUCGAAUUUACAUUCA